AUGACACCCAACAGAGUGAGCAUGCGUCCUCGUAUGAUCUCGAGCCGUCGUGAACCAACUUAUCAUAUCCAACAGGGAUUGAAUAACUUGACGUUGAGACACAUGAGCACUCCCUUCUGUGACGACAUAAUGAACGCCCCGAAAGAGCCUAAAGUCAAAACUCCCACCAUUGAAGCUUAUGACGGUACCACCGACUCAGACAUGCAUCUAGUUGCAUACCGUCACCACAUGUAUGUUCAAGGAACCAAUGAGGCCACAUGGUGCAAAUAUUUCCCAGCCACCCUUAAAGGAGUGGCGUCCAAAUGGUUUGAACGACUGCCCCCAGGGUCAAUUGCUUCCUUUAACGAGCUACAAACCUUGAUCUCCACCAGGUUCAUGGCAUACAAGGAAGAAAGGAAAACAAGCAUGCCCUUGGGACGCAUUCAACAAGGAAAAGAUGAGUAUUUGCGAAGCUAUGUCAAGUGCUUCAAUCUAGAAGCCGGACAGAUCCCAGAUCUUCCCAAUGGCGUCUCUUUCGAUAAUUUUAUCAGAGGAUUGAAGAAAGGGUCAUUCAAGUUUAACUUGGUUAAGAAAAGUGUCCGGACGAUGGCUGAAGUCUUGGACGAGGCCGAAGCCUUUAUUCAUGAAUUAGAAAUAUGCAGUGCAUCCAAGGAUGGAAAGGCCGGCGAAGCGACGGACUCCUCAGGGAAGAAAGAGAAGAUAGACAGGAAAGUCCCACGAGUAAACGCUACUUGGGCUCUUUCGAAAGAACAUGAUACCAAUUCUCCCGGGCAGAAGAGAGGACACCCACAAGAGAGAGAAUAUUUCGAAUACAAUACAUACCUCCUCACAAUCCUAGUGGACGUCGGGACCAGGUUCGACCUUGAACGACCUUUCCCCAUGAAAUCGCCUGCUGAGAGAUUGCAGGAGCCUGAAGAGAGCCCUGGACGGCCUAGCCUCCAAGGGGCACCUAAAAAACUACUUGCAAAGAAGCACUCACGCCACGGGAAAAAUCAUUACAAGAAAAACAAGUCACCUGUCUCAGCUACAGAAGGAAAUCACAGCGGAGGAGGAUUUGUAGCCGUCAUAUCAGGAGGACCAGCAGUUGGAGGGCCCACCAUGAGGGGACAAAAAGAUUAUGCCCGCCGUCUAGGUCAGGUAAUGUUAUCGGGGAAAUCACCAGUGGACCCAUUCCCUCGGAUAGAAAUAUGUGAAUCGGACGGUGGACGUGUAGCCACCCCGCAUGACGACCCUCUCGUGGUCGAGAUCAAAAUCUCUAACAUGAGGGUAAAACGCAUCUUGAUAGAUACAGGAAGUUCAUCUGAUAUAAUGAGCAUGGAGUUCCUAAGCCGCCUAGCUCAUGACCCUAAAACCAUAGAGAGCAUCCACUACCCUAUCAUUGGCUUUGGAGGAAGCAUCAUACAUCUAGUGGGCGUCAUCAACUUGCCAGUUCGGAUUGGAGGGCAGAAUGAUGGGGGUAGAGUUCCUAAUCGUCAAAGAUUUGACGGCGUACAAUGUUAUUUUGGGACGUCCCACCUUGAACAAGAUUAA